AUGUAUAGCGGUCAACCCGGAUGUGUCCCUCGCUCCCUGAACCUCCCUCCUCCUCCCUUACUCCCUCCCUCGUCUCUUCCACCCUCCAACUUCCGAUCUGAAUAUUUCAUGAGGCUCCGACGAGCUCGUGCCACGUCCGUCGUUCAGCAGUAUGAGGUGCGUGUUAGCACAGUGACACAGUGCUGUGCUAUCCUACCCUGGGAAAACGGAUCCGUCACGUGCUCGCCCCGCGCUCCGUACGAGAGCGAGCGAGACUGCUGCUGUAGCCUUGACCUGCGCAGUAAUUGUAUAGAGCGUCCCCCUCCCCCUCCCCCCGCGCCCCGGGCUUCCCCCCAGCCCUCGGCUCUGGAUUCUUGGCUUAAAAUUUUAUUGUUUGUAAGCAAAAGGAUAAAGGUUAGUACUCUUAUUUAUUUGGUCACAUUCAUAGAACGGAGUCACUUCAACGUCCUCAUAAUUGAUGUUCCGAUAACAUGGUCUGGUGGUCGAGCGUGGCUGCCGUGCGUGGUAGCAGGUCAACUCCAACCUCGACGUACCCUGCCGUUGGAUGAUGACUCCGCUAGACCCAGACCCUACAUCUGGAUGAAGGAUGGAGAGGUUAUCAACACUAAACGCAUUUCUCAGAACGGCACCCUGGAGGUGAGCCGUAAGGGUGGCGGCAGUGAGGGUGUCUACCAGUGUGCUGUGGCUCAUCAUGGCGGCCUCGUUUUGGGCUACCCAGUACAUCUUAAGUUUUCAUAUAUGGAUAAGCAGUUCUCAUCUCAAUCGGAGGAUGUGAAGGCCAGUGUGGGCCAACCGCUGUCGAUUCCCUGCCUCAUCGGCUCGGGACCGACCGCUUCUACAACAUGGACUCGCAAUGGAGUUAGUCUCCCUACAACUCAUAGAUAUCACGUUCUUGAAAGUGAACUCUUGAUUACGAAUGUUCGAAGAGAAGACGAAGGUUUAUACAGAUGCACAGCAACUAAUACCUAUCUGAACAGAAGCCGGACAAGUCAUGAAGGUCUCGUGUCGGUGGAAGAUUCUGUAGCCAGUGACCCAGCCUUCCUGAGGAUACGUACGGAGAAUAAAAUAGCUGUGAACAGAGGGAGUAGAGUGAUGCUGGCUUGUCCCGUGUUGGGAUGGCCGAGACCUCAGUUGAUAUGGGAGUUGACUCCGCCGGGAGGCAGUUCCAUCGAGCUGAAGAAUAGAGAAGAGGUGUUGAUUCUGACGAAGUUGGAAUAUGAUCAAGAAGGAGUGUAUACCUGCCUGGUAGAAGGUCGGAGUGAGUUGACUAAGUCGUUUUCGGUGUCAAUCACGGAGCCGGUGCGGAUCACUCUGCCUCCUCAGUCUAAAGAGGUAAUGAGAGCAAGUACAGUCAGGUUUAACUGUACAGCGGCUGGCCGACCCGCGCCCACUGUGAUCUGGUAUAAGGAUGGGAAGAAACUACCCCUGGCUGGAAGGAUCAACCUCCGUAAGUCAGCGGACAGGAGCCGCAUCGAGCUGGUCAUCAGCGGCGUGACCUCUCACGACGCGGGUAACUACCAGUGUUUCGCCCAAUCUGGUAGCUCGUGGUCGUCGUGGUGGGCGCGGCUCGAAGUGUCCGGGUCGGGCGCGGCGGCCCCGGCGGCCGUGUGGUGCGCGCCCGCGGGGGUGGCGAGUGUAGCUCUUAGCUGGACCCCGCCUAACACAACCGUGUUGGCAUACACCGUGGAUACAACCUCCACCGACAAGGACGGUGUAGCGAUGAUCGGCCAGCCAACCAACUAUACAGAGGACGUAGUCAAGGUGAAGGAGCCGCUGACUCCGUACGUGUUCCAGGUCCGAGCAUACGUUAAGUCUGACCACAACAAUAGGAACGUGGCCACCGACAUGUCGGAGAGUGUGGUGUGCCAGGGGCAGGGAGUGCCCAUAACCCUCUCUAAGUUGGAGGACGACAAGGUGCAGGUGUCGUGGAAACAGUUCGCGGACGAGAACCCUGGCGUGGUGCAGUGGAUACUGCAGUACCGACACCAGAACUACACAGACGACCAGCAUAACGUGACCCUGCCCGCGCACGUCACUAACUACACGCUAGCAGCUCCGGCGAGUUCCCCUCUCCUCGUGAGGUUACUGGGGUCUAGAUCGUUUGAGUGGCUCAAACAGAACCUGACCCUGGUCCCAUGGACCUCCACAACCACAGCCGGCCGUGACCACGACGAUGGGGAAGUGACGGUUAUCCCGCAGGAGCUGGAGGUGUCUCAAGUGUCGGAGCGAGGGUUCACGGUUCACUGGCGCUGCGAACACGAAGCACACUACACGUACCUGGUGUGUGUGAGGGCGCACGGGAACGAUGAGUGUCAGGAGAGUUACAAGACCACCGCCACUAUCGAGGGUCUUCAGCCGGACACGGAGUACGAGGUGCGGGUGCAGGUUCGAGUACCCGGCCGGGCUCUGGGGGGCGCCUUCACCGCUCCCUACCAUGUCAGUACACUACCAGAAGGUCCUCACCGCUUCAAGGACAUCACGUACAAGUUCGUGAACUCGACGUGCCUGCGCGUGUCGUGGAGCGGUGACCCGACCCGGUACACCGUGCGACACAGCGCGCAGCUCAAGCUGCCCGUGGAGCAGUGGGCGGCCGUGCACACCGUGGGGAACACUGUACUGAUCACGGGUAUCGAUCCUACGGAGCAGACGUUCGUGAUGGUGACCGGCUACGACCCGCUCGACUACAGCCCCAUACUGAACGUGCCCGCGCAGGUCAAGGACUUAGAGGCUAAAGAUCUGAAGUACGUGUACACUGGGUCGGGCGUGUCCGUGUGGUGGUCCGGGGCUGGCCCGCGCGUGGUGAGGUUCGCGCAGAACAUUACACAGCCGCUGGAGACCUGGAGCGUUGUUAAUGUUACCGACUCCAGGGUUGAGCUCAAUGUUCCGGACCCGUCUCAGCCAGUGUUCGUGAUGGUGACGCGCGCGGGCGGCGCCAGGAGGCACCACGUGCUCACCAUACCUCCUAAACCCACCUCCUUCUUCUACUACUAUUUAGGAUUAGGUGUGGGGGGGUCGUUGUGUGUGUGUCUGUUGAUUGCGGCGCUGGUUAUUGUGUGGAGAGUUAAAACGAGGAGAAACAGGUCCGUGAGAACUGUAACAGCAUCAGGUGUGGAGGAGGAAGCUUCCGAGAUGAGGACUAUACAUCAGGUGGCGAGGGUUGCAAACGGCGGCGCUGGGGAGCCGUUGCUCAACGGACACGUACACAUCACCGAGAACCCCGCCUCCAAAACAACGAACAUGAGAUCCAAGAAGGUCCGCUGCGCCGAGAGCCCCGCGUACGACGCCUUCGACCUGUCUCGACACGAGGCGGACACCACUAUGGAGACGGUGCUGGACGACAGCCGGCCCUACGGCCUGCUGGACACCUCGCGCCCGCCUGACACCGACACCUACAACAAGCUGCCCGACGACAACAUGAACUGCGAGCCGCCCACGCUGCAGCCCAACGGAUGA